GGCCACUGUCCCAUGUGGGCGGGACUUAGCGCCUGGAAAAUAAGAAGUUAAAAGCUUUGAGGAGACAAAAUUGAAGAAAUUGAGUUGAACCGAGGCUGUCAAUUUGCAGAAACCGAAGCGUGCAUCAAAAAUACACCCUUCUCCUCCCCUUGGAUACUUUUAAAGCGUUUAUCUGGAACAUUUUACUGUGCAUCUCCUGUAAAAUUCCUCAUCCCCAGCCUAAGUAGCACAUGGGAGGCUACUUAGCAGGUGCACAGAUUGUAUCCAGCUCAAAACCGACUAAAAUGAUGUGAAAUUUUGCAGGGAGACGGUGCGUGUGUGGAUGCUGUUGUGUUGCUGUCACUUCCGGGGCUCUCUUCUCUCUCCAUCUCUCCUCCAGCCACGCAUCCAUCGCUCUGGGAGGAGGCACAGCAGAGGAAAGAGGGAGAAGCAGCCUGUCCCCCGCGGCCUCUGAUGCUCCGUGCGCCUGGAACCAUGGAGGAGUUUGAGACGGAGGAGGAUGAGCCGUGGUACGACCAGAGAGACCUCGAGCAAGACUUGCACUUGGCAGCUGAACUUGGCAAGACGCUUCUGGAACGAAACAAGGAGCUGGAGGACUCUCUUCAGCAGAUGUACGUCAACAACGAGGAGCAAGUGCAGGAGAUCGAGUAUUUGUCGAAGCAACUGGAGAUGCUGCGGGACAUGAACGAGCAGCACGCCAAAGUGUACGAGCAGCUGGACGUGACGGCCCGAGAGCUGGAGAUCACCAACGAGAAACUGGUGCUGGAGAGCAAGUCCUCGCAGCAGAAGAUAGACAGGUUGACCUGCACCAUGGAGACGCUGCACGCUCAGGUGGAGAGUCUGACGGCGCGGGUGGAGGAGCUGAGGACGCUGGAGGAGCUCAGGGUGCACAGAGAGAAGAAGGAGCGACGCAAAACACUCCACUCCUUCCCCUGCCUUAAAGAACUCUGCACGGCCCCACGGUAUGAAGACGGCUUUUUGUUGGCCAACCCCGGCAGCGUGGACCUGGCAGACAAGCGCCCCCUAGACGAGGAGAACGACCGCCUCAGAGACAUCGUCACGUCCCUGCGCGCCGCCAUGGCAACCGAGCGCUCCAAACGUGAAACCGCAGAGAGAGAGUGCGCCAGCGUCCUGCAGGAGUACGAGAGACUGGAACAGCGCCUCCUGGGGGCUGAGGGGUGCCACCUCAGAGUGCAAGAGCUGGAGGCGGAGCUACAGGAGAUGCAAGAACUCAGGAAGUCCCGCGCGUGCCUGAUCGGAGGAGAAGACGGACUGGAGGCCUUACUCAACAACACCCCCGAGACGGACAACGCGGACGAGGGGGCGGGGUUGGAAGAAGGAGGCGAGGGAGCCGGCGGAGAGCCCGGUCAGCAAGGCGUACCGGUGCGGAAAAGCUGCAGCGACACCGCCCUGAACGCGAUCUCGGCUCGGGAUGCUUCGGGACGGAGGCAGGGGAGCUACGCCAUGCACGCCAACGGAGUACGGAAAAGGGGCAUGUCUAUACUGCGCGAGGUGGACGAGCAGUACCACGCGCUGCUAGAGAAGUACGAGGAGUUACUGGGGAAGUGCAGACGCCACGAGGAGAGCUUGUGCCACGUGGAAGUCCAAACGUCCCGACCGGUGUCCAGGGAUCCUUCCAUCAAGGACUACAGCAUGACCAGCGCGGGACCGUCGAACAAAGACUACAACACAGCCACCGCGGGACCGUCCACGUCUUCAGGGGCCGGACCGCCAACCCCGCCCCAAACGCCGUCCACCCCCGAGGCACUAGAGGGCAUCAGCAGGCAAGUGGAGCAGGUGGACAAGCGACUUAGCCAGAACACGCCGGAGUACAAGGCCCUGUUCAAAGAAAUCUUCUCAAGGCUCCAGAAAACCAAGAGCGACAUCAAUGCGAGUAAGAGCGAGAGGAGGGGAAAGAGGAAGGGACGCAAGUGAGACGAGAGGUCGAGUUCACGCGACGUCACUUUAUUCUAGGAUCCUCGUAUUGAGCUGGAGGAAAGACGCAGAUUUGUAGAUCUAUGGUUAAUUUCUUUGUAAUUACGGGACAGAGGUGGGUAGAGGAGCCAAAAAUUGUGCUUGAGUAAUAUUAUUUUAAAGUAACGUAGAAGUACAAAGUUGUCGUCCAAGAAAUUACUCAACUACGAUUUGGGAAAACUACUUCUCAAGUAAGAGUAACUUAAAGAGUAAGUGUCAGGAUGUAACGUUUCAUUUAUGAGUUUAUUUAACAUUAACUAACGCAUUAAAAUCUGGUAUUUUCACACAAAAAUUUGAAAAACUAAAUCAUAUCUGAAAGAGAGGUGCAAAAACCCAGCUGUUCCAAGUAAUUUCAUAUCGUCAACAUAAAGCUCAAGUCACGGGAAAUGCGGGAAGAGGAACCAAAACUUUCACUCAGGUAAGAGUACUGUUACUUCAAAAAAAUAUUACUCGAGUAGAAGUAGAAGUAUGCUACUAGAAACAUACAAUUUCUUUAAAAACAUACUUGACUGAGCGACAGGUACGUCAGAAGAGACAGUUGAUCUAAAAGGUUCAGAAAACUCCCGCACACUGUCUCACUUUUCAUUUACUUUUAUUCACACACAACAUUUCGGUCCCUGAGGAAAGUCAGAGGAACCAAAACGCUGCGUGAAUAAAAGUAAAUGAAGAGUGACCAUGUGCAAAAGUUACUCAAGAAAAAAAAGAGUACUACCCACCUCUGUUACUGGGUUAAUCCACAUGAAACAAAAACUGGUAGAGUUCAAAAUUUGUGGGUUACUAUUUUGGUUAUUUCUUCUAAAAACAGUAAAUUUCCCAUAGAUAAGUAAACCCUUAGCACCAGUGAUCAGAGUGUGAACACAACCUUUACCUCUCCUUUAAACUGGUGACUCCUGACUGACCUCAUGUAAAACCUAACCUACAACUUGAAAUGUUUUAUGUUUAAAUAUUGUAUAAGCAAAUGCCUUGAUCUGUGCUUUCAAACGUUCAAACGAGUUGGGACAUUAACUAAAAGACGAAAUGAUAAGAUGAAAUGAUUAACCAAUUGUUACAUAUUAGCUACACAGACAAUACGCCAUGAAUGAAUAUGUCAUUUAAAGUCUUGCAUGAAAUUUAAUGGCAAUGCAGGACACAAAAAAUAAAUUAAAAAGUGUCAAAUCUUGCAAAUAAGAAAUAAUUUGGCAAUAUUUUUGUUUUUUUUUAUAAAGGCAAAUACUACAUAAUCAAAACUGCCUAUAAACAAUGCCUUUAAUGUGUAGUUGUAUUAUUCUCAAUUGAAAAUACUUCCCAAUAUCGGCUUCCCAACUGUUUUUGAAUUAGAUUAUUUCAUUGCAACUUUGCCAAAACCUUCUCUCCGUGUCUAGUUGGCUGUUUACGAUAUUUAUAAAGAAUUUUAAAACAAUCAACAUAUAGUACUACAUAUGCAGAAAUAUUACUGAUCUAACACAGUUACAAUAAGCUAUUAAAAUACUAAUUAAGUGCAUAAAUACUAUAAACAAACAGUCGAAACGAAGCCACGUUUUGGACGACUAUAGCAUUUCUGUAUAAUGGUUUAUGUGGUUCCUUCUAUGCCAAAGCCUCUGGUUGUUUGUUGGUGUGUCCCGCUGGACGUUUGGAGACGUUUGGAGACUUUUUGGAGAUGUCUCAUUGUCCUGUUUACUGCAUGACUUGAAAUCCUGCAGGGUUGGUUGGUCUUGUCUAAAAUAACUGUUUCUAAAAUGGUGAAAAGUUAAAGUUGCUAAAUUCUCACUGUGCUUCUAUAAUGUUGUGUAGAUGACUUAAAUUGUAAAUAAAAGGUCUACUUGGCAA